GAGUACGGUGAGAACAUUGCAAGCCACUGGGACAGCUCCGGCAAACAGAUGUCGGGUAGGGAAGUGGCAGAUAUGUGGUACAAGGAGUGUUCCAACUACGACUACUCCAAGGGAGAUUACAUCAGAGGCACAGGUCAUUUUACCCAAAUGGUGUGGAAAAACAGUCGCAAAGUGGGAAUUGGCACUGCUGUGGCUAAAGACGGCAAAAUGAUAGUUGUGGCGAACUACAAGCCUCCCGGAAACAUCAUCGGAGAAUUCAAAGACAACGUCUUACCCCCCAAGAAGAAAUAAACCCCACCCCAUAACUGCAUGUGAAAAAGGGUCUGUUACACGAUUUGACUGAUCAAGUCUAUUGGCGAUUGUAGACAUUGUAAACAUUGUUUUUCAAAACUUUUUCUUACAUGGUGUUUCUAAUUGGAGGCUAACUUAUUUUCCUGAUAAACUUCAAGUGCUUCUUCAAUAUGUAUUGGGGCAGUCUCACAAAUUAACUAAAAAAUUUAAUUUACGUUUAAAUAAUUAA